AAUUUAUCUCCAAAAUUUUACUAUUCUUCUUCUUUUUCUUCUUCGAUGGAAGGGUACAAAAAGCGGGAAGAAAAACAAAGACAAAAACCAAAAUCUGCAGAAUACGAAGCAGUGAUACGUGCAGGCCCACACGUGCGACCCCUCAAACAAGCUCACGCUCAUCUCAUUGUCUCCGGUCGUCACCAUAGCCGAGCUCUCCUCACCAAACUCCUCACUCUCUCUUGCGCCGCCGGUUCCAUCGCCUACACCCGCCGUAUCUUCAUCUCCGUCAUCGACCCCGAUUCAUUUCUCCUCAAUUCCCUCAUCAAAGCUUCCUCCCAAUACGGUUUCUCCCUCGACACCAUAUUUUUCUACCGUCGCAUGCUCUUUUCCCCUCACAAACCUUCCUCCUAUACCUUCACUUCCGUUUUCAAAGCCUGUGCUCAUCUUUCCGCUAUCAAAAUCGGGACCCUUCUUCAUUCCCACGUUUUCGUUUCUGGGUAUGCUUCCAAUCCAUUCGUCCAAGCUGCAAUUGUUGCUUUUUAUGCUAAAUCAAGUGCCUUGUGUGUUGCCCGUAAGGUGUUUGAUGAAAUGCCACAACGGAGUGUUGUUGCUUGGAACACCAUGAUUUCGGGUUAUGACCAAAACGGGCUUGCGAAUGAAGCAAUGACAUUGUUUCGUAAGAUGAAUGAAUCGGGGGUUUCUCCUGAUUCUGCAACUUUUGUUUCUGUGUCAUCGGCUUGUUCUCAAAUUGGGUCUCUUGAAUUGGGGUGUUGGGUGCAUGAUAGUAUAAUUAGUAACGGGAUUCUUGUUAAUGUGAUACUUGGUACCUCGUUGAUAAACAUGUUUUCUCGGUGUGGUGAUGUAAGCAGAGCACGUGCGGUUUUUGAUUCAAUGAGUGAAGAGAAUGUUAUUGCUUGGACAGCUAUGAUGUCUGGGUAUGGUAUGCAUGGUUAUGGUGUUGAAGCAGUGGAGCUUUUCAAUAAAAUGAAAAAAGCAAGCGGGCUUGUUCCUAAUACUGUUACUUUUAUUGCUGUUUUAUCCGCAUGUGCUCAUGCAGGGCUGAUACGGGAAGGGAGACAAAUUUUUGAAAGCAUGAGAGAAGAGUAUGGCGUAGUUCCUGGAGUGGAGCACCAUGUUUGUAUGGUUGAUAUGCUUGGGAAGGCUGGGUUGCUAACUGAAGCAUACAUGUUCAUUAAGGAACUUAGGCCCGAAGAGCUUUUUCCAGCGGUGUGGACUGCAAUGCUUGGUGCUUGCAAGAUGCAUAAGAAUUUUGAUCUUGGGGUGGAAGCUGCUCAGAAUCUCAUUUCUUUAGAGCCAGAGAAUCCUAGCCAUUACGUAUUGCUUUCCAAUAUGUAUGCAUUUGCUGGAAGAAUGGAUAGAGUGGAAUCUGUUAGAAAUGUAAUGAUCCAAAGAGGUCUUAAAAAGCAAGUGGGUUAUAGCUCUAUUGAUGUCAACAAUAAAACUUAUCUUUUUAGCAUGGGUGAUAAGUCCCAUCCCGAGACCACAGAUAUUUACCGGUAUUUGGAUGGGUUGAUGUGGCGGUGCAAGGAAGCGGGUUAUGCACCUCUUCCCGAAUCAGCAAUGCACGAGUUGGAAGAAGAAGAGAGGGAGUAUGCCCUUAGAUACCAUAGUGAGAAGCUUGCAGUAGCAUUCGGGCUGAUGAAAACUAGUCAUGGAACGGCGCUCAAGAUUGUCAAGAACCUUAGAAUAUGUGAAGAUUGUCAUUCGGCAAUUAAGUUCAUCUCUGUUGUGACAAAUAGAGAGAUAAUUAUUCGGGAUAAACUUCGAUUCCAUCAUUUUAAAGAAGGCUCGUGUUCUUGUUUAGAUUAUUGGUGAUGGGAUUUUAAACCUGUGUGAAUCUGAUUAACCAGUGAUUAUUUUGAGAACAAUCUCAUAAGAGAAUGACAGUGUUUUAAUACAUGAAACCAAGCAUGCGUGGGCAAUAAUACAAUAUGGCACGCUAAACAAAGGUUACAGGAGUGGUUAACUUAUGAGUUCACCAUACGUGAUUCUGAUUUUGCUGCAAAUUGGUGCUGCUUCAACCAGCUAAAGGAGUUUUUACUUUUGUAACAUUAGCUAUAUGUUUCUUGCUUGCAGUGAAAGCCUGAAAAGUCCUUAGUAGCUAAAGAGGCAACAACCUAUAAUAUGGCUUCUUCUAUCGAUGCAUGUCCUCUGAAUAAAUCUGAUCACCAGGUCUGAAACCAUAGUUGAGAACUUGAGAAACAACAGGGAUGAAUUAACUUCAAAGGAGAAGCCAACAGAAGAGGGCAAAGAACAAAAGAAAGUGAAAACUAAAAGACUUCUCUUGGGUUUAUUUGAUUUGCAUACACAUACACAGAUGCAGGAGAAUAGUUACCUAAUGAUGCUUCACAAAACUCUUCAACAUUACUUUAAAUGUCAUAAAACAGAUACAUCAUCAUCAUCAAACAGAUGGAAAGAUAUAUCAAGCAAAUUAUUCCAAUCAAUGUAUCUCUUAUUUCAUAUGUUACAUGGACAAGCCUUUGUAUGAUACAUAUACUUAACACAUGCACAAGCUCUGUUGUGUUGAUACAUUAUGAUACAGAUAGUAUAAUCAUUUUGAUAUUACACAAAA